GCAAAAAGCAAAGCGUACUGGAACGGCCGGGUAGACGAGAAGUGGUGGAAUUAAUGGUGAUGGAUGCUACUGGCGCCGAUUCCGCCCGUUGCUCCGCGAUCGACGAUGUCGUCGUCGUUGCAGACCCCUCCGACGAUGCUCCGCCGCCGUCCCCGGCCACGUCGCCCGGCACUGGGAGCCGCGUCAAGCUAAUGGUUAGCUACGGCGGCCGCAUCCAGCCCCGCCCCCACGACAACACCCGCCUCGCCUACGUUAGCGGAGAAACCAAGAUCCUGGCUCUCGAUCGGUCCGCCCGCCUCUCCGUCCUCCUUGCCAAGCUGGCCGUCGUGGCUCCCGCAGCACCCAACCCCGUCUGCAUCAAGUACCAGCUCCCCGGCGAGGACCUCGACGCCCUCGUCUCCGUUACCGACGACGAUGACCUUGAGCACAUGAUGAUCGAGCACGAUCGCCUCCUCCGCGAUGCAUCUUCCACCUUGCCUAGGGUUUCUGCCCGUCUUCGCCUCUUCCUGUUCCCUGUCGGGCCGCCUCCUCCGCUCCCUUCCGCCGCCUUGCUAGACGCCUUCCCUGCCGUCCCCGUCCGUCCUCCCUCGACGCAGCCCUCGCCUAGCCCCGACUUUCUCUUUGGCUUCGAUGAAGACUUCGUCCCUCCCCCCGCCGUGAAGGUCGCCGUAGAUCCACAACAGCCUAGUAUCGUGCUCGAAGACCAUCCCACCGAGGCGCCGGCCAUGUCAGAUCUGAUUAAGGACGAACCAAGCCUCCAGAUCAAGGUAAGCGCUGAACCAGUUGCCACCGCGCAAGCAGUGGUCACGGCGGCGGACAUUGAACGCCUCGUGUACCCCAACAACCUCCCCCCUCUCAACCUGCUCAACAAAAACCAAGACACUGUGCCUUUGGUUCAUCCCUCCGACUUCCAACUCCCAUUGCCGCCGCAGUGGCCAGAGACGACCGGGAGAUUUCCAUCGUUGUCCCCCGGCAUGGAUCCAACGAGGUACCUACUGCAGUGCACGCCGGGGAUGUACCCAGGGUUCUACCCCGCUCCAGCUAGGAUGACGGUGAAUGCCGCCGGAGGAGGGGCGACGACGGGGGUGGAGGCGUACGUCGCAUGUGGAAAUCUGGCCUACGAUAGCGCAGGGCAGUUGGUUUACUGCACGCUGAUGUUGCCACCGUAUCAAGCGGUCACGGGUGCGGCGCUUAAACCGGCCGAGUCCACCGUAACGGCUGCAAGACCCCCACAAACCGCCUGACCCAAUAACGGAUAGAGUGCCAGUUAUUUUCUUCAUUAUUUCUAUUUUAUUUUAUUUUUGUGUGUGUUUAUGGCUAAAACAUGUCGUUUUUCGUGGUAAAUAUGCAUGAUGGUGGUAGUUAAUGUGAUAGGUAAGGGUGUAGUGUAUUUGUUAUUUAAAAAAAAAUCUACAUUUUCCGAUAAAAUAGU